AUGGCACGUCGGAAGAAUUCGCAAGCUGCCCUGCUCGAAGUCGGUGUCGGUGAGCGGAGCAAACUGAAUCUGUUCUCAACGGCGCUCAGCCCAGGCUACGCUUUCGGUGUGCUCAUCAUCGUGGUUUGUGCGUUCAAUUACGUUCCUCAAGGAGCGCUCGUUCCCUCCUUGCUGGUGGCCGCUGUCGCAUCGCUGCUCUCAGGCUUCUGUUACUCGGAGCUCGUGAGCCACGUCGCAAAUGGUACGCGUGAGACUUCGGUCUACGAACUACUGUACAAAUGGCUGAAUGAAGGCUUCGCGUAUUCCGCCGCCUGGAUAUCCGUGCUUUAUUACACCUGCGCCACGGCCCUCUGCGCGCGGAUACUGGCCGUAUGUUGCGACAUGCUGAGUGACGGCGCUCUCAACAAGCUCACAUCAGGGCUGACCGGGAUCAACCUGGAUCUCGGUGUUGCUCUCGUGGUUAUUCCGUGCGGCGUCCUGCUCAUGUCUUGGAAUCCACUGAGUCGACUGAUCGUGGAUCCCAGCAACGGACGGGUUCGUACUUGGGUCAACUUCCUGCUAAUAUCCACGGCCUUACUCGUUGAGGGCGUUUUCGUGGCAGGCGUCGCAUUCCUGAGACAUUCGACAAUAAAGCCGGCGCCACCCCCCGGUGGAGUGCUUGGCAACACGAUCGCCGCAGUCGUUUUCAGACACAGCGAAUCGACCGGGCUUCUCACCGGGGCCGUUCUAUGUGUGUCGAUUUUCCUGGCCCCCCAGUUCUCCCUGCAAGGUUCCCCUCUCGCCGCCUCCACCCCGAAUGACGGCUGCCCUCCUGAGAAAAACAAAAUCAAACCGCACAAAGACCUUCCGUGCAUCGUUGUACUCUCGGCGUUCGGCAAUUUUCUGUUCUGCCUUGCCCUGAUUGCCGCUCUUUGCAGCCUGUCCAAAACGGACGCUGCGCUCCUCUCAGAUCCGCUGGCAGCACAAACGAGCUCGCAGUCGAGCUCGUCGAUCGCGAUCUGUAUCAACUGGGUGGUGACGGUCUCUUCGACCGUGAGCCUCGCCCUCUUGAUCAUCUCGAAUCUGGCAGAGCUCAACAAGAUAAUGCGGACUCUCGGUCAUGACGGGCUCUUCCCGCGCUUCUGCAAACGUCACCAUCUGUUCGUGGCGGUGGUGAUUUCAAUAUGGUCCGGCUUAGUGCUGCGAGCGGGACAACUUGUCAUGAUGAUGUCGUCAGGACCCGUCUUGAUGAAUGUCCUGAUUUGUUUCUGCACCAUCGUAUUUCGGUACCGCAAGGUCGAGGCUCGCAAGCCAGCGGUGUUCUCGUAUAAUCUCAUUGUUGGUGGCAGUGCCGACAACGAACAGACCCCAAUUUUGGCCAAGAGAGACUCGGUCUACGAGAGCCAAAGCGAAUUGUCUGCCAGUAACACAAACAACGAUUCAGCUGAAGAGGACAGGGUCGAGGAUUGUCCCUUCAAGGAAGAAGAAGACAUCGAUGACAUUGUUAAGGAGUACAAAAUUCAACUCAGCCUCUCCUCACAGGAGAGUUUGCCUAUCCUGCCGCCACAUAGGCGAGUGAAACUCUCACGGAAAACCCGACGUGUCAAGUACUUCAUCGUGGGACUUUUAGCUUGCUUCGUCUGUGUCUCCGUUAUGCUUCAAGGCCUCUCAUGCAGUUUACGCUUGAGCCCUACGAUUCUCGCUACGUUGGCCGUCUGUGCCGCUGCGGCUGCCCUUUGUGCCGUUGUUCUGAUGAUAGCUCUGGCGCAACAAAAACAAGUCAUACCAAAGAAAAAUAGACCCAACAAAUCAGGAAAACCUGCUUUGAUGUUCCGGGUCCCUAUGAGCCCAUGGCUCCCAGCGCUCGGAGCGUUCUUGAACGUAUUGCUGUUUGUAGAUGUAUUUACAACCAAUCUCUGCUCGAUGUUCUGCUGGUUUAUAGCAGGAGGUUUUCUUUACGUUUUACAUGGAGCCCAUCAUUCAGCGGCCACCAAUGCUUUCCCGUGCGUAUUGCAGACGAAUAGCAGACAGAUGAUUUCUCACAGUGAAGACGGCACUGACGUCAGGGUGACCCUCGAACCGUUACCCUCGGACCCAUGGGGGGAUUCGGAUGAUCAAGCCGAGGAGAAGGACUCGCAGGCUUUCAAACAGCAGCGGAAACGCGGAAAGAAGAAGGAUCCCUUCAACCCCAUCGAAAACAUUGUUAUGAAGCUCUAA